AUGGCUGCUGUGAGCGAUGUGCAGCGCCGCUCUCGGCCCGAUCUGCUUCCGCUCACCACUCAGCAGCAUUCCGCAUCUUCGAGCCAGCCCCAGGCGCCAAAAGGUCCACAUGCGGACCACUCCUCCGCCACAUCGAGCGCCUCUUCGCCAGCACCACCGUUCUGGCGCUACUACACCGACUUCUCUUCAUCUGCAUCGUCCUCCGACAGCCAUGACCGCAUCUACGAGUCCCUCGACGGCCAUCUCCUCGUGCUGAGCACCGACGCCCGCGCAUCCGACAAAGGCCUGCACCAAGCCGUGCCCGCCUGGUCGGCACAGGACGGCCGCCAGCGCUUCUGGCAGCCAGAGAUCACCAUGCCGCCGGCAGGGGGCAUCGACCUCGGCGAGCCCAUCUACCGCCGGCCGCCCCAGGGCGGCAACAGCAACAGCGACGACACCCUCGCCCUCAUCCUACCGCUCCUCAUCCUCCUCUCGACGCUCCUCUUCCUGCUGCUCCUCUUCAUCAUCCUCGUCAUCGUCGUUCGCAGGCGGGCCCGCAUCGCCCUCGGCGACUCGGACGGGCCCGUCGACGUCGGACGCGAAGAGGCCCUCGAGGGCCAGGGCUACCUCGACGGCGUCGAGCAGCGCUGGCUCGAGCUCCAGGACCCGCCCGUCCGCCAGGGCUACGCACGCGCAAAGGACUGGACCCUCUCGUACCCGCCCGGCUCCCAGAGCACCGACAUUACCCUCAGCCAGUUCCUCAGCAUCCAGGAAAAGGGCGUCAGCGCGUGGAGCUUCGACCCGGACUACGAGAGCAACCCGAGCGUCUUUGUCGAGGCCCGCACCGAGAUCACCUUCCUCGCCGAUGGGGAGGGCAUGGCUCCGAGCGAGGGCGGCGGCUGCUGCGUCCAGUCCAACCUGCCGCUGCCCAAGGUCAACGAGGUCUACUACUGGGAGGCCAAGAUGUUCAACAAGCCCGACGGCACCAACGUCGCCCUCGGCCUCACCACCAAGCCCUACCCGACGUUUCGCCUGCCCGGUUGGAACAAGUUUUCGAUCGGCUACUUUAGCGCCGACGGCUUCAAAAGCCACAACUACCCGUUCGCCGCCCAGUCCUACGGCCCCGCCUACGGCCAGGGCGACGUGAUCGGCAUCGGCUACCGGCCGCGCACCGGCACCGUCUUCUUCACGCGCAACGGCAAGAGGCUCGAGGACGCCUUUAUCGGCCUCAACCGGUACAACCUCUUCCCCACGGUAGGCGCCGACGGCGCGUGCGAGGUCCACGUCAACCUCGGCCAGGCCGGCUUCGUCUUUAUCGAGGCCAAUGUGAAGAAGUGGGGGCUCGCGCCCAUGGUAGGCACUCUGGCCCCUCCGCCGGCCUACGGGCAGGAGCGCGGCAGCAUCCUGAUCGAGACGGGGCAGGGGACCAGCGGCGGCGCGGGUGCGGGGGCAGGUGCGCCGGGAGCGAGGGAGAACGUGACGCCGCCUCCGCCCGUCUCACCGUACGACGAGCGGGUGCCGUCUUCGUCAUCUGCGGCCGCCCGUGGUCGCUCUGGUCGACCGGCGCCGACGACGGCAACGGCGACGCAGCAGCAACAGGCGUCGUCAUCGUCGUCGCAUGCCCUCGGCGCUCGCGGCGGGACGCCAAUCCGAUCCUCGUCGCUGCGCGACCCGUCUCCCUCUCGGCGGUCCGAGUCGUCGAUCGGCUCGCCGCCCAACCCGCCGACGCCGCACCGUCUCGACAUUUCCAUGCACUCGCUGCACUCGUCCGACGACGGCGGCGGCGCGCACCGCACCUCCUCCCGGGGCCAGGGUGCGUCGGCGAACGGUACGGCGACGGCGACGGCGACGGCGACGAAUUCGUCUUCGUCGUCGUCGUCAUCGUCGUAUUUCCCGACUGUGCCGUCGUCUUUGACCAACCAGCGCAUCGAGACGCUUCGAGCUGCCGUCGAAUCGGGUCGACGUUCCCCUUCCCCUCCUCCCUAUACCUCCUCUUCCUCCUCCACUUCCUCGUCCACCGCAGCAGCGACAAACGCCAACGCCAACGGGGCGACGCCGGCGUACCGGGAUAGCUGGCUCGAGAAUGGCAGCGGCGCCCUGGGCGGUACGGGGAGCAUGGGUGCGCGCCGCGGCAGCGGACGUACCCACGCCAUCGCCAAUGCCGUCCUGGGCAUGCUGGGAGACCGUGGCCUCCUCACCCCACUCUCGGCUCAGAACCCCACUGCCUCCGCCUCCUCCUCCCGCACCCCCACGACGACGACGGACGAGGAGAGGUACGAACGUGACCUCCAGGACAAUACGCGCCGCAACGCCGCCUCUGGCUCUGGAUCUGGUUCCGGCGAGAAUGGCUGGUGGGCCUGGAUCUCGGGUCGUUGA